AUGUCAUCAGCCCAGGACAUUAAGCGGACCCCCGCCAGCGUGGAGCGGACAGUCUCCAACAGCUGGAACCAGCACCUCUCUGCCUCGCCGUCCGCUCAGUUCCAGAUCCCCCAGGCCUCCCAGGGCUCGAGCUGGGGCGGGGCACUGGCCCAGAGGACUGUCGAGAAGCAGCUCAAGCCCUUCAACACCCAGGAUGUCAAAAUCCUCCUGCUGGAGAAUGUUAACACAGCUGGUCAGGAUAUUCUAAGGGGCCAGGGCUACCAGGUCGAGGCCCUCAAGACGUCGCUGUCCGAGGAUCAGCUCAUUGAGAAGAUUCGCGAUGUCCAGGUCAUUGGAAUUCGUUCCAAGACCAGGCUGACGGAAAAGGUCCUCCGCGAGGCCAAGAACCUGCUCGUCAUCGGCUGCUUCUGCAUCGGUACUAACCAGGUCGAUCUCGACUACGCCGCCAAGAACGGUAUCGCCGUCUUCAACUCUCCCUUUGCCAACUCGCGUAGUGUCGCCGAGCUGGUGAUUGCCGAGAUCAUCACCCUGGCUCGCCAGCUGGGUGACCGCUCCAACGAGAUGCACCGCGGUACGUGGAACAAGGUCAGCUCCAGGUGCUGGGAAAUUCGUGGCAAGACUCUGGGAAUCGUCGGUUACGGCCACAUUGGCUCCCAGCUGUCUGUUCUGGCCGAAGCCAUGGGCAUGAACGUCAUAUACUACGACGUCGUCACCCUCAUGGCCAUGGGUACCUCGCGCCAGGUCCCCACGCUCGAGGCUCUGCUCGACGAGGCUGACUUCGUCACUCUCCACGUGCCCGACCUGCCCGAGACUCGCAACAUGAUCUCGACGGCUCAGUUCGACAAGAUGAAGACGGGCUCCUACCUCAUCAACGCCAGCCGUGGCAGCGUUGUUGACAUUACCGCGCUCAUAAAGGCUAUGAACGCUGGCAAGGUUGCCGGUGCCGCCCUCGACGUCUACCCCAACGAGCCCGCUGCCAAUGGUGACUACUUCAACGCCUCCCUCAACACCUGGGGCGACGACCUCCGCAGCCUCAACAACAUCAUUCUCACCCCCCACAUUGGUGGAAGCACCGAGGAGGCCCAGCGUGCCAUCGGUAUCGAAGUCGGCGAGGCUCUCGUCCGCUACAUAAACCAGGGUAUCACCGUCGGCAGUGUCAACCUGCCCGAGAUCCAGCUACGUUCGCUCACCCUCGAGGAGGAAAAUAGUGCUCGUGUUAUUUACAUUCACAAGAACGUUCCUGGUGUUCUGCGCAAGGUCAACGAGAUUCUUGGAGACCACAACGUCGACAAGCAGAGCAGUGACAGUCGUGGUGACGUCGCCUACCUUAUGGCCGAUAUCAGCAAGGUCCAGGUCGAGGAGAUCAAGGAUCUCUUUGCCAGCCUCGAGGCUCUCAGCUCCCGCAUCAUGACCCGCGUGCUGUACUAG